CACCCGCGGAAGUCCGGUACGAGGCCCCCUCCAGAAGGUGAGGGGAAUGGACUGGACUCCGGUGGGGAGAGCGGGUGUCUGGAAGUGGUGCUAAUGGGAAGCGAUUUCUGGCUUCCAAAGAGGAUGCUCUGCCACAAAGAGCAGCUGGCGCGGUGGCCUGGGCUCUAGCCCAGCGGAGAUCCCGGGAGAACUCCGGAGCUGGGAGCGCUCCUCGGAAGACCCGGUCAACAUGCCUGUUCGCAGGGGGCAUGUGGCACCACAAAACACAUUUUUGGGGACCAUCAUACGGAAAUUUGAAGGGCAAAAUAAAAAAUUUAUCAUUGCCAAUGCCAGAGUGCAGAACUGUGCCAUCAUCUACUGCAAUGAUGGAUUCUGUGAGAUGACUGGUUUCUCCAGGCCAGAUGUCAUGCAGAAGCCGUGCACCUGCGACUUUCUUCAUGGACCCGAGACCAAGAGGCAUGAUGUUGCCCAGAUUGCCCAGGCAUUGCUGGGUUCCGAGGAGAGGAAAGUGGAAGUCACCUACUAUCACAAAAAUGGGUCUACUUUCAUUUGUAACACUCACAUAAUUCCAGUGAAAAAUCAAGAGGGUGUGGCUAUGAUGUUCAUCAUUAAUUUUGAAUAUGUGACGGAUGAGGAAAAUGCUGCCUCCCCAGAGAGGGUAAACCCAAUAUUACCAGUCAAAGCUGUAAACCGGAAACUUUUUGGGUUCAAGUUCCCUGGUCUGAGAGUUCUCUCUUACAGAAAGCAGUCCUUACCACAAGAAGACCCUGACGUGGUCGUAAUUGAUUCAUCUAAACACAGUGAUGAUUCAGUAGCCAUGAAGCACUUCAAGUCUCCAACAAAAGAAAGUUGCAGUCCUUCCGAAGCAGAUGAUACAAAAGCCUUGAUACAGCCCAGCAAAUGCUCUCCCCUGGUGAAUAUAUCUGGACCUCUUGACCAUUCCUCUCCCAAAAGGCAAUGGGACCGACUCUACCCUGACAUGCUGCAAUCGAGUUCCCAACUGACCCAUUCCAGAUCAAGGGAAAGCCUCUGCAGUAUCAGGAGGGCAUCUUCAGUCCAGGACAUGGAGGGAUUCAGUGUUCACCCCAAGAACAUAUUUAGAGACCGACAUGCCAGUGAAGACAAUGGUCGCAAUGUCAAAGUUUCACGUUCCUGGAUGGCAGGGGGGCCUUUUAAUCAUAUCAAGUCAAGCCUCCUGGGAUCCACAUCGGAUUCAAACCUCAACAAAUACAGCACCAUUAACAAGAUACCACAGCUUACUCUGAAUUUUUCAGAUGUCAAAACUGAAAAAAAGAAUACAUCCCCUCCUUCUUCAGAUAAAACUAUUAUUGCACCCAAAGUUAAAGAUCGAACCCACAAUGUGACAGAGAAAGUUACCCAGGUUCUUUCUUUGGGAGCAGAUGUCCUGCCAGAAUAUAAACUGCAGACACCACGCAUCAACAAAUUUACAAUAUUGCACUACAGCCCCUUCAAGGCAGUCUGGGACUGGCUUAUUCUCCUCCUGGUUAUAUACACUGCAAUAUUCACGCCCUACUCUGCGGCCUUUCUCCUCAAUGACAGAGAAGAGCAGAAAAGACGAGAAUGUGGCUAUUCUUGUAGCCCUUUGAAUGUGGUAGACUUGAUUGUGGAUAUUAUGUUUAUCAUAGAUAUUCUAAUAAACUUCAGAACAACAUAUGUAAAUCAGAAUGAAGAAGUGGUAAGUGACCCUGCCAAAAUAGCAAUUCACUACUUCAAAGGCUGGUUCCUGAUUGACAUGGUUGCAGCAAUCCCUUUUGACUUGCUGAUUUUUGGAUCAGGUUCUGAUGAGACAACCACAUUAAUUGGUCUUUUGAAGACUGCUCGACUCCUUCGUCUUGUGCGAGUGGCCCGGAAACUGGAUCGAUAUUCAGAAUAUGGCGCUGCUGUUCUCAUGCUCUUAAUGUGCAUAUUUGCCCUGAUUGCUCACUGGUUGGCUUGCAUUUGGUAUGCAAUUGGGAAUGUAGAAAGGCCAUAUCUGACAGACAAAAUUGGAUGGUUGGAUUCCUUAGGACAACAAAUUGGGAAACGUUACAAUGACAGUGACUCCAGUUCUGGACCAUCCAUUAAAGACAAAUACGUCACAGCACUUUAUUUUACCUUCAGCAGUUUAACCAGUGUAGGAUUUGGAAAUGUGUCUCCUAACACCAAUUCGGAGAAAAUCUUUUCCAUUUGUGUCAUGUUGAUUGGCUCACUAAUGUAUGCAAGCAUUUUUGGAAAUGUUUCUGCAAUUAUCCAAAGACUAUACUCGGGAACUGCCAGGUACCAUAUGCAGAUGCUGAGAGUAAAAGAGUUCAUUCGCUUUCACCAAAUCCCCAAUCCUCUACGGCAACGGCUUGAAGAAUAUUUCCAGCACGCAUGGACUUACACCAAUGGCAUUGACAUGAACAUGGUCCUAAAGGGUUUCCCAGAAUGCUUACAAGCUGACAUUUGUUUACAUCUCAACCAAACUUUGCUGCAAAACUGCAAAGCCUUUCGAGGGGCAAGUAAAGGUUGCCUUAGAGCCCUGGCAAUGAAGUUCAAGACGACUCAUGCACCUCCAGGAGACACCCUUGUUCAUUGUGGUGAUGUCCUAACCGCGCUGUAUUUCUUAUCCCGAGGCUCCAUCGAAAUCCUCAAAGAUGACAUUGUGGUAGCUAUUCUGGGAAAAAAUGAUAUAUUUGGAGAAAUGGUUCAUCUUUAUGCCAAACCUGGCAAGUCUAAUGCAGACGUAAGAGCUCUCACAUACUGUGACUUGCAUAAGAUUCAGCGAGAAGACUUGCUAGAGGUUUUGGAUAUGUAUCCAGAGUUUUCUGAUCACUUUCUAACAAACCUAGAGUUGACUUUCAACCUAAGGCAUGAGAGUGCAAAGGCUGAUCUCUUACUACGAUCACAAUCUGUGAAUGAUUCUGAAGGAGAAAACUGUAAGCUACGAAGGAGGAGACUGUCCUUUGAAAGUGAGGGAGACAAAGAUUUUGGCAAAGAAAGCAGUACAAAUGAUCCUGAAGAUUCUGCGGAUACCAUAAGACAUUAUCAGAGUUCCAAGAAACACUUUGAAGAGAAAAAAAGUAGAUCAUCAUCUUUCAUCUCCUCCAUUGAUGAUGAGCAAAAGCCUCUCUUUUCAGGAACAGUAGAUUCUACUCCAAGAUUAGGGAAAGCAACUGGGCUUCAUUUUGAAGAAACAAUGCCCACCUCAGGAAGAAUGCACACAGAUAAAAGGAGUCACUCUUGCAGAGAUAUCACUGACAUGCGAAGCUGGGAAGGAGAGCACACCAGGGCCCAGCCUGAUGAGUGUAGUCCCUCUGCACUUCAGCGAGCUGCCUGGGGGACUUCGGAAACCGAGAGUGACCUCACCUAUGGGGAAGUGGAACAAAGACUGGAUUUGCUUCAAGAACAACUUAACAGACUUGAAUCCCAAAUGACAGCAGACAUCCAGACCAUCUUACAGCUACUGCAGAAACAAACCACUGUGGUCCCCCCAGCCUACAGCAUGGUAACUGCUGGAGCAGAGUAUCAGAGACCCAUCCUCCGUCUGAUGAGAACCAGUCAUCCCACAGCAUCCAUCAAGACUGACCGGAGUUUCAGCCCCUCCUCACAAUUUCCUGAAUUUCUAGACCUUGAAAAAUCUAAACUUAAAUCCAAAGAAUCCCUCUCAAGCGGGGUGCAUUUGAACACAGCUUCAGAAGACAACUUGACUUCACUUUUAAAACAAGACAGUGAUGUCUCUUUAGAGCUUCACCUGCGACAAAGAAAAACUUACCUCCAUCCAAUUAGGCAUCCCUCCUUGCCAGAUUCUUCCCUAAGCACUGUAGGAAUCUUGAGUCUUCAUAGGCAUGUUUCUGAUCCUGGUCUUCCAGGGAAAUAAUCAUUUUGUACUAUUUAUUCCAAGUACAAUGUAAGUGCUUUUAAUGGCUGUUUUCCUUUUUGUAUUUAAAUUCUCUACUCGACUCAGGGGCUAAGUUACCAUUAUAUGCAAAAGUACUGUAUAUUUUCCUAAAUUGAAGCUUGUAAGGUAAAAUUGAGCAGUUUGGAUGUAAAUAUACUUAAGAACUUUUGGUUCCAAAUGUUAAAACUGCCAGCAUCUCUAGGCACCUUACAUUUUGUUUUUAUUUUCUAAAUCAUGUGCAUGUUAGGAAACUCCAAUUUCUCUUGCAUGGAGAAUCCUAUUUAUUGCUUUUACUAAACAAGUACUUUACUAUGAAGAUGCCUUUCAAGCAAGUAAGAAACCAAGGGAUGAAACUAUUCAACUCAGAUGAUCUUCAAUUUGUGGAAGUUCAAGGGGAUAAAGGGAGCUUACUCUUGAGAACAGAUAUCCUUCUGUAUUGAGAUUUUUGGUCAGUUACAUUCAUUUCCCCACACUGAGAAAAAUGUGGUCUGAGAUUUAUAAAUAUAGUAUAGGAAAUAUAGGACAGUAUAGGAAGCCAUCUCCAAAUAUACUAAAGGGGAGAAAAUAUAAGUUUUCCUUAAUCCUUAAUAUUCGUAUAGGGAAACCCUUUCAAAAAGCAGAACAAGUGAAAUACAAGCAAGUUUGUUGAUGAAUGCAGUAUACCUCACAUGAGAGAAACUUCGGUUCCAAUGUAACUCAAGGCAGUGGCUUGGUAUCUCAGCUUACAUAAGACUUUUGGCAAAGAGCAAUACAUUUUAGAAAAGUGACAGGACAAAGAAGAAAGCAGUCCAGGCUUCCAAAUGUGGGGAAACAGUGGGAAGGCAUAAGGUCUGCUCCCAGAUUUCUCUAGGCCUGCAGUGUCUCAUCUGAAAAGCAAUCUGUUGCAAAGAAAAAUUUAGAUCCUGUCUUUAAGCAGGAAAGUGGGAGGAAUAUACAAAGACCUUUUGUCUUUGUGAAUCUUUGUCCUGCUUUUAGGAAAACAUACUGAGAAGGCUGGAAGCUUUGCUGCAUUUUUAUUGUCUUCAGCUAAACAAUCCUUCAUAUAUUGGGGAGAAAUAUUUUGGUUUCCUUCAACAUGAAUACAAGUCAACAUUAAUGAAGAGUAAAAGGGUCUUUCUAUUUAACAUUUUGUCACUAAUUGUGUUCACAAACCUUCUAAAAGUUUUUACACAGGUACAUUUCCUCAAAGGCUAAAAAACAAUAUUCUCUAAUUUUGCUUUGUGUGUGUGUGUGUGUGUGUGUGUAGUGUGUGUGUGAAGUGUGUGUGUGAAGGGCAUUCUCCUAAAGAAUUAUUAAAAUGUAACAAACACAAACUGAUAUCCAUAGCUUCCUUCCUAUCCAUAUUUUAGAGCAAUCUUGAAUUUGAUUAAAAUACAAACAUAGUUUUCAAUGAAUAUGUAAUUUCCAUGGAUUUGUAUGGCAAAACCCAUCUUUCAUUAAGUGUACAUUUUACUCCAUCUUUCUAAUCCCAGGUGUGGAAAGGCAAUGUGCGUUUACCAGCCUAGAAAGAAAACACACACACACACCAGGAGUAAAACACCAAUUUUGUUUGGUUAUUCAGACACUUACUGAUUGAAAAUCAAGUCAAAUUCUACUAUAUGUGGACAAGACUGAACAUAUAUUGGCCCUAGAAUAUCAGAAUAUAUUUUAAUAUCUUCACCUAUUAAGUUUGAGGAGGCAUAAAAUCAGUGUACAGAAAAACAUUAAAAGUUAAAGAUUUUGAUCAGUCAAGUUCUACUUAAGAAAGUUUAUUUUUCAAGUCUAAUUUUAAAAUUA